AUGGAAGCAAAUGCUGAACAAAAAGCAAAGGAACCGGUGCGAAAGAUUACCUUACCGAAAGCUAAUUCCAGUACGGUCGAUGAGCACCCGAUUAGAGGAAAACCGAAAUCAGGCAGAGUAUGGAAAACUAACAAAGACCGAUUUGCUACAAUAAAGAGGAGUCGUCGUGGCAAAACUUCUGCGCAGCAGCUCGCGUACAGAGAUGAAAUUAAACAGAUUAAACAAUUGUCCCAGUCUAUAAAGGAAACGCGGCGCCGUGAAAAUGAGGAAAAACGUCUACGGCGUGAGGAGAACAAGCGGAGGAGGUUGGAAAACGAACGAAAAAAUGAAGUCGUGCAGAUUAUCAGAAAUCCCGCCAAGCUGAAACGCAUGCGGAAGAAACAGUUGCGUAUGAUUGAGAAGCGAGAUAUAAGUAAGUUGAACGUAGUGUAG